GAAAUGAGAUUUGGGUCUUAAAAUUCUGGUCUGUCAUUUUCUGAAGUGUACGGUACUGUAUGUUUAGUGCUGCAGCCUGGGCACAGCCAUUAUUUCGAGGCCACAGCGUGUCCCUUGGUAGCAUCGAUAACAAAAGUGCUCCGGGGUGUCACCGUGGAGCGGCACAGAGUGCAAGACAUUACCCUGAAAAGAAUCGGUUUGCAGGCUGGGAAUGCAUGUCCAAUUCCAGGGCCUCUCGCCCUCUGCUUCUUGAGGAAACUUGAUAAUAGCACAGGUUACUCUGAGAUGUAAAGUAUACUGGCUUUAUCUCAGAGAAACUUGAAAGCAAAUUGCACUAGAAAAUUUGUAUGCAUAUUAGAUUUUGUGUUUAUUUGAGUGGACUUCCCUGACCUUCCAAAAGUUAGACCUUGGCAGAGCCAGAGGGGAAGGUAUCAUAGCAUGCAUGAGUAUUUAAUUUUAGCAGAAAAUAACAAUUUUUUCUGGGAUUGAUUUUAAUUCGGUGUUGGAAACUUAGCUUAGAUUUUUGGUUUUGUUACUUUCCAAUUACAUUACGCUUGAUUUUAUUUAAACGCUUCAUUUUGGAUUACAUUUCAGGACUUACUGCUUGUUUGUUUUUGUUAAACGUGACUUUGCUACAUGAUUUCAUAAGUGUGAUCCUUGACAUGAAAAAGUAAAUCUAAAUUAGCUGAAAGUAAAUGCUGAGAAUAACUUCUUUCAUUGCAUGAGAUGCAGCACGAAGUGCCAAAGGCAGUUUAUAACCACUGCAGGCUGGGGCUGCUCUGGGGGUCAGUGAGAGGGGUUGUGGCAGCACAGCAGCACUGAUUCUGUCUGCCCUGCGGUGGCACACGGUCAUGUUUCUCAUGCCCUGCUCACAGUACGUGGUGGAAAUCCUGUUCCAGCUGCAGAGGGUGAGACAACAGCUGUCCUGAGGAAAGCCUGACAGAAAUCCAUCAAUGCUAGCUAUGUCUUUAAAUUCUUCUACACUUUUAAAUGAAGAAAACGCUCAAGGAACAAAAAGAAAUACUGAGUGUUUGGAAAGCCUACUGCAGACUCCAUCACUGAUUCAAGAUAAUCCACUCCAACAAUUACGGUUAGCAUCCCAGGAAGUACUGGAAAAGGCAAAAAAGAGUGGGAGAUCAAAAUGCCCCCGAUGCAAUAGUUCAAGGAUGUUUUAUUGUUAUACGUGCUUUGUUCCUGUUGAAACUGUCCCUACCAAUGAAAUUCCAACUGUGAAGUUGCCUUUGAAGAUUGACAUUAUCAAGCACCCAAACGAAACUGACGGCAAAAGCACUGCUGUGCAUGCUAAGCUCCUGGCACCUGAGGACGUUACAAUUUAUAAAUACCCUUGCAUUCCAGAGUAUGGAGAGAGCAGACACGAAGUAGCACUUAUAUUUCCUGGCCCCAAUUCAGUUUCAGUAAAAGAUAUUGCUUUCCAUCUCCAAAAGUACACCAAGAAAGGUGUCUGUUCUAGUGACAAUGACUGUUCCAGAGAGCCCCUUCUUAAAAAAGCAAAAAUAGAACCUGAAGAAGAAAAAAAUCCAAAUGAAUGCAUCUCAAGCAGCAGGAGUGAAGGCGCUAGACUGAAGAAAAUAAUAUUUAUUGACAGUACCUGGAAUCAAACUAAUAAGAUAAUAACUGAUGAACGACUUCAAGGGUUACUGCAAAUUGAGUUGAAGACAAGGAAAACUUGCUUUUGGCGUCAUCAGAAGGGAAAACCAGAUACAUACCUUUCCACAAUAGAAGCAAUUUAUUAUUUCCUUGUGGACUAUCAUCAGGAGAUUUUGAAAGAGAGCUACAAAGGACAAUAUGAUAAUCUGCUUUUUUUCUUUUCAUUUAUGUAUACAUUGAUUAAAGAUGCCAAGUGUUGUGCAGGAAAAGAGUAAGCUGUCUCUCAGUGCAUGACACUACUUUUUUUUCUAAUAAUAAAUGGCACAAACAUAACUAGGA